GGAAUAUUGAGACAUAUUAAAAUACAGUUUGACAUAUAUUGAUGAUUAAUUUGGAGAUCAUGGAUUAUAUUACUUACGAUUUUUUGCUCUGUAAAUGGAAUUAACAACAUGAGUAACUUAAAUUCAUUCACGGACAUAAGGACGUGGUCAGCAGCCAUGUUCAUAUUCAUCCUGAUGGUGCUCCAUAACACCGCUGAGUCCUUGAUAUUAAGAAAUACCGAAACGGAUCAGAAAGGAAACAGUUUACUUCUGAAUCAUCCAAACGAACCAACAGAUUGGGAACAUCGAGCGGAGGACAAUUCUUAUUUCCCAGUUGUGAAUAACGGGCUUUUUGAAAUACAAUCCCGUGUUGCUUUCUCUGUAGAUGAACCAAGUUUGCCACCAUCAGAGGGAAUAAAAACUCGUACAAAAAGAGCAGUUGCAUAUAGAAUUAAAAACAUCCGUAAAAAGAAAAGGAGACAAAAGAAAUUAAGAAAAAAUAAAAGGAAAAAUCGAAAACAAAAUAAGAAACGUCGACAUAAUCACGGAAUAAAGAAAAGCAGAAGGCGACGUUCAAGUAGAACGGGACAUAGUGAGCAAUAUGACCACGAACCUUUAAGUGUCUGUGAUAGUAUAAGUGAGUGGGUCCAGCUUAAUGAAUCCAUUACUCAAUAUGACCUUCCAGUGCAAGUUCUGUCUCAUCGAUGGUCGGGAGGCCAGCGAUUAAAACAGUUUAUUUAUGAAACCAAGUGUGUGGACUCGGGACAAUCGUGUCGUGGAAUCGACACGGAUAAUUUUAGGUCCGAAUGUGUGACUAAAAAAAUAUAUAUUGACGCUUUUGUCCGUGAUGUGCACGGUGACGAAAUGUGGGCCAAAAUUGAAGUGAAUGGGUCUUGUAAUUGUAGGUUAUUCAGGAAAAGACUUGGUAGCAGUAUGUCAAUUUUUGAUUUUCUCGGACAAAAUCGUUAAAUUUUGUUGUUAAAAUUAAGAAAAAAAUCCUUUUUUGAAUAACUAUUGUCUUGUUGUAGUUAUAUAUUGUACUUAUCUUUAAUUUAUGUACAUUUUGAUAUAAAUGGUCCUGAAGUUUGUUGUAUUUAUUUAAUUAACGUAAUACAAAGUUUUUUAUUGUCUCGCUCAACACUUGAGCAUGUAGUUUUCAUGUUUUUGAAGACAGGAACACUUAGUAUCGUUUUGAUCCCUCAACAAACGGAAUAUUUAGAGGGGAUACUAACGUGGAACCUGCUAAAUCCAGCAUUAUGUUUUUGUUUGCCAAAACUUUGCACUGAUGACUUUAAAUGUGAUAUCAUUUAUAAUGUAUAUUGUUAUUUUAAAUCCGCUUGCUACUUUCUUUUAAAAAGAACUAUUCUGACUAAUGCUAUUCUAGGUUUCGUCGUUUUUAUUCUUUUAAUUUUUAAAUGUUGCAUUGAUCUUCACAAUUUGAUUUUCGAUUUCGUGAGAAGUACUUUCUUUGUAUAAUUUCCAGUUGUUUAAUAAACUUUCUAAAUCAAACGAGAUCUGAUUCGAAUAAAUUCGAUUUUAAGAAAAAAUAAUCAUCGUCAUUUUCCCCAUGCAUCCAUUGUCAUCAGGUUUUAAGCAUAUUUGUUUAAUUUUUAUGUAUUUUUCUUUUUACUU